AUAAAUCACUAAAAUAAUUGAAGAAGUUGGCACCCCUGAAGAGGUGCGCGCGUGCGCGUGCGCACUCAUGGAAAAAACCUCAGUGUUCGGGAAACUUUGUGGCAGGAAGAGUUAUUUACGUACAAAGCACAGCAUAACGUACAGUGAAUAACGCCUAUCAGAAUGUGGGAGCCAAGAUACAAGAGGACCUAUCAGAAGCACCGGUAAUCAUAGGGGUGAGGCAGGUGCCCACUGAUCAACUUAUACCAAACAGAACGUACUGUUUCUUCUCUCACACUAUUAAAGCUCAGGAAGCCAACAUGCUGCUCCUUGAUGCUAUUUUAGAGAAGAACAUCCGGUUGCUGGACCAUAAGCGUAUGUGUGACAGGCAAGGCCAGUGUGUGGUGGCGUUCGGCAAGUAUACUGGAGUUGCUGGCAUGAUCAACAUUCUUAAUGGACUUGGUCUUUGUCUCCUAAUACUUGGGCAUCACACACCCUUCAUGCACAUUGGACCUGCCCAUAAUUACCGCAACACAGAGAUGGCAAGACAGUCAAUUCGUGACACCGGCUAUGAAAUUUCGCUGGGCAUAAUGCCAGAGCUGUGACCUAACUGGUCACAGACUGUACCAUGAUUACUGGAUGAAGGUUCAAACCUACACCACUAACCAGGCACAGACAAAGUUAAAUGUUUAUUUCAGCUUAAUACAAUGUUUGUACAGAGAUGGUUGACAUGAUACAAUGUACAGUGAUGGGUGACAUGAUACAAUAUUUGUACAGUGAUGGGUUACAUGAUACAAUGUACAGUGAUGAGUGACAUGAUACAAUGUACAGUGAUGGGUGACAUGAUACAAUAUUUGUACAGUGAUGGGUUACAUGAUACAAUGUUUGUACAGUGAUGGGUGACAUGAUACAAUGUACAGUGAUGGUUGACAUGAUACAAUGUUUGUACAGUGAUGGGUGACAUAAUACAAUGUUUGUACAGUGAUGGGUGACAUGAUACAGUGCUUGUACAAUGAUGGGUGACAUGAUACAAUGUACAGUGAUGGGUGACAUGAUACAUUGUUUGUACAGUGAUGGGUGACAUGAUACAAUGUUUGUAUAGUGAUGGUGGACAUGAUACAGUGUGUGUACAGUGAUGGGUGACAUGAUACAUUGUGUUUACAGUGAUGGUUGACAUGAUACAGUGCUUGUACAAUGAUGAUUGAUAUGAUACAGUGCUUGUACAGUUAUGGUUGACAUGAUAGUGCUUUUACAAUGAUGGGUGACAUGAUACAGUGAUUGUACAGUGAUGGUGACAUGAUACAGUGCUUGUACAAUGAUGGGUGACAUGAUACAGUGCUUGUACUGUGAUGGGUGACAUGAUACAGUGCUUGUACAAUGAUGGGUGACAUGAUACAGGGCUUGUACAGUGAUGGUUGACAUGUUACAGUGCUUGUACAGUGAUGGGUGACAUUUAGGUGUGCAAGCAGGAAGCCCAUAGUCAUGCAGAGCAUUUUGGGUUCAACUUACAAUAUUUUGACUUCACAACGGUUCGACUUACGAGAGUUCGACUUUACGAUGGCGUAGCAGCAAUUACUUUGGAGAUGAAACUUAAAAUAAUUACCCAACAUGAAGCGACCAACAAGAUUUAUUCUUGUGAGGCAAGCCGUCGUGACCACAACGUAACCCUAAACUUUGUAUAACUACAACAAUUCCUGUAGUAUUAUGAGGCGCAAUCUAAGAGGAAACAGCACCAAGGCCAGAAAGAAAACGCCGAAAAAUCAACUAUUCAACAAGUGUAGUCAGGAGGACGCCGGCCCAGCAACCACCCCACUCACCACCACUCAAGGCGACACCACAACAAUAACAACAAACAUGGCUGCCACCAGCCCAUCCUCCCCUCUCUUCCCCGGAU